AUGUCAAAGGACAACCCAGAGCCGAGUAUUACCACCGAUUUCGAAUUGGGCAAGACGGAUACCUCGCAUGUUGAAAACCCUGUCGAAUCGAACCUCGAUGAGAAAGAACGUCGCAAGCUCAAAUGGAAGCUCGACUGGUUCAUCUUGCCGCUCAUUUCAGCUGUCUACUUCUUUGGUUCCAUGGAUCGCUCUGAUUUGGCAAAUGCUCUAAUUGCCGGUCUGGAAGACGACUUACAUCUCACACCGAAGGACUACUCAAACGCUUCCUCCAUGUUUUUGGUUUCCUAUGUUGUGUUCCAGCUACCGGGCACACUAUUAAUCAGGAAAAUACGAGCACCAGUGCAGUUUUGCGGUGCAAUGAUACUUUGGGGUUUAUUCACAGUUCUCACGGUUCUGGUCAAAACCAGUGGGCAAUUGAUCGCCAUACGGUUCCUCAUCGGUGCUGCAGAAGCCUUUGUACAAGGCGGCGCGUUUUAUCUUUCAUUUUGGUACGAAUACCACGAGCUUGCAACUCGGAGUGCAGUUUUCUUUUCAACCUCAACUCUCGCCGGUGCGUUCAAUGGAUUACUUUCCUACGGAAUCAGCAAGAAUCUAGACGGAAAAAAUGGAUGGAGAGCUUGGAAAUGGAUCUUCUUGAUCGAAGGAGUUCUACCGAUCGGGUUCGCAUUCGUUGUCCUCUUCUUUCUUCCGGCUUCGCCUUCAGAAGUGCGCUACGGUUUCACCGAGACAGAGAAAGAAGAGUUGGUUCAAAGAAGCGAGCGAGCCCACAAUUCAUCCGAAGCGCGCUUACAGCCGAAGAAAAUAUUGAAGCUCCUGAUGAGCAUUCACUUUUGGCUAUUUACUAGUUUAUACUGCGUCUCUCUUUUCACAAUAUCUUCCCUGUCUAAUUUCCUACCCGCCCUCGUUCGAGGUUUUGGAUAUAGUUCAAUCGGAGCUCAGCUGUUCACAGUGAUCGUAUACGUAUGCGCUUGCUUGGGCAUUCUAUUCUUUGCCAGGAUCGCCGAUAAAACAAAUGCUCGCGGGCUCACAGUUGCAAUCUCUUCGCUUGGAGGGAUUGUAGGGUACGCCAUGUUGAUUGGACUUGAGAAUCGCGACGCUAGAUUUGCCGCCACUUGCCUAGUCGCCUUUUGCAUGUUCUCUAAAGUUGUUUUAGUUCUGUCCUGGGCAGCUAUGAACUUUGUCGGUUAUACAAGGAGGUAA